CGUCUUCGUUCGCUCACACGUUUAGUAGCAUAGCUCAUUCAUUGCAUUCAUUGAUGAUGUGAGUCAACCCGUCGGUCAGUUCGCAGUUAGUUAGUUAACGAACUACGUUAAGCGUCAUUUUACUCCGGAGUUUUCGCGACGAUAUCGUGUCUUGUGCAAUUGCGGGUUAAUGUUUUCGGUGAUUUUCGCUGUGGAAGAUAAACCCCGUUCGGUGGCAACAAAUUGGCCAAUUUCCGCUACCGCAAAGCUAUCCAUCCGGCGUUGAUGCGGUGUGCUUUGCCCCAGAUGGUGUAGGACGAUGUCGAUAGACGAGCGCUUCGCAUUUCUGGAAAAUCCCUAUUUCAAAGGACACAUCUACGGUAACUUCAACCCGUUCUACGUUACCAUCGCGAUCUGCACCGUGCUGGGAGUGUUUAUAUUUGUGCUGAACAUCAUCUGCGGUUGUUGCUCGAAGCACAAGCAAUACUGGCAGGACCGCCAUACCGGCAAUCGCUGGCUGGUAUCGAUUUGGGCUGCCACCCCGCACAAGCAACCCCCGCUAGAUCUGACUGAGCUGAAGGACGUCCGAUCGUUCCAACCAAUCAAUCCGGACAUUGAACGCCCAGUAGAGUACACCGUCUCACACCACCGUCCACAGCAUCAACCGCAUCAUCAGCAGUACGGACGAGGAGCCGGCUAUCGAGAGGAAUACGUCGAGCUACACGCCAAACGUGAAAGUGACAUUUAA